GAAAAGCAACUCGAGGAGUCAGAAAGAAACAGCCCGAAGUCUCGAGUGGUUCGUCGACUGCGGAUGUGUGUGUGAUGGGCGCUGGGUGUCGAAACUGAAGCCUCUGUUGGACCCUCGCUAGAUGCUCUCAGGGCAGCACACGAUUCGGCCGUAGAGCACCCUUAACAAGCGAUGGCGUGCUUACGGGAGGCGAAAAUUAUGCUGGUCACCGCGCUGGCUUGCGUGGUGCUUGUCAACCACGUGUCGGCCGAAGCUCCGAAAAUCUUCAUGAACCAGUACGCCGUGCAGAUCCCGAACGGCCAUGAAAGUGCCAGUGCCAUAGCCCAGACCCACGGUUUCACCAACAUGGGACAGAUUGGUGAGCUGAAGGGUUUUUACCUUUUUGAACAUUCACGCAUCCACAAGCGGUCCGCCCUGCCAAAUAACACAUACCACUCGAAUCUCAUCAACGAACCCGAGGUGCUCUGGGUGCAACAGCAGCAUGUCAAGCGGCGAGUGAAACGAGACUACCUCUCCGACUUCAGCCCGUACGGCACCUUCGACUCUCUAUUUUCCGGCGGUGUUCAGCACUCGAGGGUGGCGCCGCGUGACCAGGGUUCUUACCUCGGCGCCAGGCCCUUCUUCCCUGACCCUCUCUUCAAGGAGCAGUGGUACAUGACCGGCGGUGCGAAAGACGGUUUCGACAUGAACGUCUGGCCGGCGUGGCAAAAGGGCUACACAGGCAAGGGUGUUGUGAUUUCCAUCCUCGACGACGGAAUCCAAGUCAAUCAUCCCGACUUGGCGCAAAACUACGACCCUUUAGCCAGUACAGACAUCAAUGACAACGACCCCGACCCGAUGCCCCGGGACAACGGGGACAACAAACACGGCACCCGGUGCGCCGGGGAGGUCGCAGGUGUGGCCUUCAACAGUAUAUGUGGAGUCGGCAUCGCUUACAACGCCAGUAUUGGAGGUGUUCGUAUGCUCGACGGCGUGGUGAAUGACGCGGUGGAGGCAAAAGCCUUAGGCCUCAAUCCCGCCCACAUUGACAUUUAUAGCGCCUCUUGGGGACCAGAGGAUGACGGCAAGACCGUUGAUGGACCGGGCCCUCUGGCGCGCCGAGCCUUUAUUUACGGAGUCACUGCGGGUCGCAAUGGCAAAGGAUCGAUUUUUGUGUGGGCGUCUGGCAACGGCGGCCGCCACACAGACUCUUGCAACUGUGAUGGAUACACCAAUAGUAUUUUCACCCUCUCAAUCAGCAGUGCCACUCAAGGAGGGUAUAAACCGUGGUAUUUGGAAGAAUGUUCAUCAACUCUUGCCACAACAUACAGUUCAGGGACACCUGGCCAUGACAAGAGCGUCGUGACCGUGGACAUGGAUGGUCGAUUGAGACCUGACCAUAUUUGCACUGUUGAGCACACUGGCACUUCGGCCUCGGCGCCGAUCGCUGCUGGCAUUUGUGCUCUGGCCUUAGAGGCCAACCCUACUCUGACCUGGAGAGACAUGCAGUACUUGGUGGUUCUCACAUCCAGGUCACAGCCACUUGAGAAAGAGCGCGGCUGGGUCACAAACGGCGUACAAAGAAAAGUGAGCCACAAAUUUGGCUACGGUCUGAUGGACGCCGGGGCCAUGGUUCAGCUCGCUGAGCAGUGGAUUACAGUGCCUUCACAGCACAUUUGCAAAUCGCCAGAAUUGAACGAGGAAAAGUCAAUUUCGCCAGUUCUGGGUCAAGUUAUGCAAUCGCAAGUGGAAGUGGAUGGUUGCAUCAACACCUACAACGAGAUCCAAUAUUUGGAGCAUGUGCAGUGCAAAUUGACCCUCCGAUUCUUCCCCAGAGGAAAUCUGCGUAUUUUGCUCACCUCGCCUAUGGGCACAACCUCCACAUUAUUGUUCGAGCGUCCCAGGGAUGUUGCCAGCAGCAAUUUUGACGACUGGCCCUUCCUCAGUGUGCACUUCUGGGGCGAGAGACCUGAAGGCAGGUGGACUCUGCAAAUCGUCAACGCCGGUAACAGACAAAUCAACACACCGGGCAUCCUAAAAAAAUGGCAGCUCAUUUUCUACGGAACAAAGGAAAACCCCAUUCGGUUGAGAACCAAUUAUCCGUCAGCAAAUGCUGCAAGCCGAUCCUUUUCAGGCAACCAAUACACAAACGGGUACUUUGAUUUUCAGCAACCAAAUCAGCAGCCGCGUCUCGGUGAUAUGCUGACGGCUGGAAGCGAGAAGUUUGAGACUGUCGUUGCUCCUCCAAACAGCACUUCUUCAGAUGCAUCGUCUGAAAAUUUGGAGCGAAUCUCUAAAAACUGCCACCCUGAGUGCAGUAACUUUGGGUGCUACGGAGAAUCAUCAACAGACUGUGUUACUUGCAAAAAUUUCAAAUUAAAUAGCACUUGUGUCGAAGAAUGCCCUCAACGUAGUUUUCCAAGCUCGCAGGGCAUUUGCCUCCUUUGUCACGACUCUUGUCAGGGCUGCAAAGGACCUAAAAAGAAUGACUGCUUGACUUGCAAGCGUGAGGCCAAACUGAGCGACGAUGGCCUCUGCCUGGCCAAGUGUCUCAAUCAGAAUAAUGGAGAUGUCCCAUGUGAAAAUACAUCCUCAACGGUGCGAAGAGCCGUCGAAACUCCAGGCAUAAUUGUGGUCAGCCACACCAUCAAGUCCAAUUAUUUAGAUGCAGUAGCAAUCCUAGGGGCAGCCGUUGUGGUGGUUGCAGUGAUUUUUGUUACCAUAAGAAAGCUGAAUAAGGUUACUAACGCCAAGAAAUGGUAUGCUGACUACCAUGCGGUGCCAACGAGGCAAGGUGAUUUCGAUGAGAGCUGAUACAAAGAGUGAUUUCCCAUUCAAUCUGUGUUAAAAGAAUCUUUAUAUAUAAAAUGUUGUAUUUUUUGUAAAUAAAAUUACGUUGAUUUCAAAAUCGCCGCGACAA